CGCCUGCCUGCUUUUGAAGGCGCCGCCAUGGAGGAGCCCUUCCCGGCUGACCUGCUGCUGCCCGGCGAGGUCGAGGCCUUGGUGGAGUCGCUGAGAACCUUCCAACUACGGGAGAUCGGGGGCCACAGGUGGUUACGUCAGCAUGAAUAUAUUGAGAAGCUGAAUAUGCAGGCAAUCCUAAGUGCUUCUGCUGGCCAUGAGCAACUCCUCACUGAACUUCUUGUGAAUAAUGCCAAGAUUCCAACUCUUAUUCAAGAAUUAAUCACUGUAGAGAUCUGGAAACAGAAGAUCUUCCCAAUACUGUGCAGACUGGAGGACUUCAAACCAAAAAGCACAUUUCCCAUAUAUCUGGUGCUGCGUCAUGAAGCCUCCGUCAUUAAUCUCUUGGAAACAGUGUUCUUUCACAAGGAAAUAUGUGAGUCCGCAGAAGAUACCGUUCUGGACUUGAUAGAUUAUAGUCAUAGGAAGCUGACCUUACUAGCUGCUCAGAGCACCAGUGAGAAGAUACCAGUGGACCAGAAGCUUGUGGUUGAAGAUCUUGCCAAUCCUUCAUCAAUGCAGGAAUUAAAGAAACAGGCUGAGGCAAUGGAGUUUGAGAUAUCACUGAAAACUUUGUCAGUAUUCCGGUUCAUUACUGGCCUGGUAGACAGUUUACCAGUGAGUGCUGUGACAAGGGUGCUGAAUACUCACAACUUCCCAUGUCUUUUGGUACAAUUGGUAGAGCAUUGUCCAUGGAGCUAUCGUGAAGAGGGAAAGCUAAAAAAGUUUGAGAAUGGGUCAUGGUAUGAGGUGCCUCAUAAAGACCAUAUGAAGAUGACUAAAUUGGAUGGACAAGUGUGGAUUGCUCUAUAUAACCUGCUCCUUAGUUCAGAAUGCCAGCGCAAAUACAACUUCAACAAUUUCAGCAAAAGUCAACUGCUGAAGCUCUGUGCCUAUCUGACUGAUGUCCUCCUUGACCAAUUCCCCAACCUUCUGGAGCUACAGAGGUUCCUGGGCCAUCUUGCUGUGACAGAUCCUGCUCCACCCAAGAAAGACCUCAUAUUAGAGCAAGUUCCUGUCAUCUGGGACCAAGUUAUCAGAGAGAAUUCUGGAAAGUGGCAAGCAAUUGCCAAGCACCAGGUAAACAAUAUGUUCAGUCCUUCAGAUGAGGAGCUGAAGAGUCAAGCUCGCAGGUGGGCAAAGACAUACAACCUGGAUGUAAUGGAAGCCCUGAUCCCAGACAAACCCAAGUGUGGGAUGUGUGGCUCGGAGGCCGCAAAGCGCUGCUCCCGUUGCCGGAACGAAUGGUACUGCAAGCGAGCAUGUCAGGUACAGCACUGGCAAAAGCACAGGAAUGCUUGUAAUUUAAUGGCAGAUGCCCUGAAGAAAAUUCAGGAGGAUGUACAAACGCAAUCAACUACCAACAAGUAGUUCCAGUGGCCAGAAGAGUUUUGUCCUAUUCUUCCUUUGAAGAAUGGGGAAAAUUAAUCAUUUAAGUUAGAAAAGACUCUCCAGCAAACAACUACUACAGAAAAAACUAUUAGUACUAACUUCCCUAGGAAUUGCAUACAGAGGUUGUUUUGCAUUAUACAAAAAUGUCUGCAGUCUCUGAAAUGGUGUGUUAUAAUAGGAGGAAUGCUUUUUCUUCUUGGGAAAUAUGCAUUACAGAAAGUAUACUGUCUGCUUUGAGAACAAAGAGAGUCUUUGGAAGUCUUUAUGAAAACUGUCAUCACUAAACUCAAAAAGCACAGCUCUUUUAAAUGGGCUACUUGUUCACAUAGCUUUAUAUGUUGGUAGAUACUGUCAGAAUCAGACUAUACUAAAAUGUUUUAGUGAAGAAUUAUAGGGAUUCUGUUUCAAAUCCACCCUCCUCAGUACUAUGGGAUGUGCAGCCACACUGACAUGCACAGAGCUUUUCUGUAUUUUAAAAGGUUCCUGGAAGUGCUGACAAAUUUAAGUGUAGUUUUGAAAUUACAGAAUAUAUCCUGAGAAUAGUUACAUAUGUGGCAUCCAGUAUAUAUGGCAAUGAGACGCUUUUCACAGAUAAAAGCAGAGAGUGUAUAACAGUUCUCUUAGCCAAAGUUCUUAUCCAUUCAUGCAGUGUUUUUCCUUAUUUUGCUUCAAAGAUGUGUUGUAAGGACUGCAAUUAAACACUCUUGUGCAGAUGACACAGUUUGGCCUUCAAUUUAAGUAAGUUAAAUCAGUAGAAUGUAUGCUGAAUUCACUUAUUCUUAAAGUUUUAGUAUUUGAAAAGCAUUUGUUACAUCACAAUGGUGUGUUCAUGUGUCUUACACUAUUAGAAUGAGAAGGGCAGGGUAGGGUGGCAUGGCAAGAAAAGUUUCAUAUUUUCCUAUCUAGUUUUUAAUUGCUCAGUGUAGCUUUGGAAUCACUGACUGCUAAGUCGAGGGAGGAGAAAGGGAAAGGGAUAUGGUCAAUUAAAGAAUUUCAGCUUGCUGAGCUGUAUAAGUUUCAGUGUUAAGAGUAUAACACAUGACAUUUUCAUUGCUGUUAAAAAUUGAAUAAUUUAUUCUUUGUUUUGGUGUUGAAAAUUAAACUAAUAAUUACCA